AUGGAUAAUGGAAAGUUGAGAUAUUUCCUCGCCACUGAAGUAGCACGUUUUAAGAAUGGGAUAUAUUUAAGUCUUCAACUACUUGAAGAGUUCGGACUUCUCGAAACGCCCUUCAAAAACUCAAACUUCUGUACUUGUAGUUUGGCCUUGUCUUCUAUUCUUCCUUUACAACUUUUAAAACACCUAAGGGUCAAGUCUUUGAACCAGUGCAAAGUGAAAGAAACCUUUAUCACUUUCAUUUGCCCCCAAAUACGGAGAAAACCUCUGAGGCGAAACAACUCUUCGAGGAGAAUUGACGCCACAAUCCUCCAUCUCGGCCAUAUUAAGAAUUUUUUUUCAGCCGUAAGAGAGAGCCGAGAGGCCCACCGUGUGCAGAAAGAUUGUCCAUCGUCGAUGCCAUCUCCUCUAGCGAAAUCUUUAGCAAACAUUAUUAUGCCAGGAAAUAAUUUUGGACUCCGUCAUAGCUGUAGAGAGAAUGAGCACUUUUUUGCGGAUUGCCUUGUGAACUGCUUUGAGGUCAAAAGGGAGAUGAAGAACAAGGAAAAAUUGUUCAAUUGCUGCAAUACUAACUGUAAAUAUUGGGAAUGGGUGGACGAGGGAGAAUCAAGUGACGGAUCAAGUACUGCUACUGUUUACUUGAAUAAUCAUGCGGCCCUUGAAGAAGUUCAGCAGUUCUCUUGCAUAUUCCAAUCUCUUCGUCGUAUAACUGAAGAACAAAACAUUAAUAUUUCUUUGAAUGUGACUAUAAGCAUGGCCAACGGAAAGAAAGGGAAGGGGCUGGCAUGAUUUGUGAUUAAAUUUUCUUAGGAUGCAUUGCUACCGCUUUUGAUGUGCAAUACGUGUAGUGUUAUGUGUAGUUGAUGUGUAAUAUGUGUAGUUGGUGAAUUCAAGAAGUCAUUGUAAUGUAUUCGUUUUUUAUGUUUGAAUUGCUAUGUUGACAAUUUGGUGUUGAUAUUAGUGGACUACAAUUUGUGUUCUAUGAAGAAUUUGAAAUUGUCCCAAACUACAUUAUCAGUGCAAUGUUAUUGUCAAUUAA